AUGUCCAGAAUAACAUCUCGUCUUGAUGCUAAGAAAGUUAAUUCAGAAUUAUUAACGCUUACUUAUGGAGCUUUAGUAUCGCAAAUGUUAAAAGAAACAGAAAGCACUGACGAUGUAAAUAAACACUUGGAACGGAUCGGUUAUAAUAUGGGCGUACGACUGAUCGAAGAUUUUCUUGCUCGAACUUCUUCGAAUCGGUGUUUAGAGAUGAGGGAAACAGCUGAUAAGAUUCAGCAAGCUUUCAGAUUGUAUCUCAAUAUGCAACCAACAGUAACAAGUUGGAGCAGUUCGGGUGAUGAGUUUUCUUUAGUGUGGGACCAAUGUCCACUAAGUGAAUGGGUGGAGAUACCCAAUAACGGCCUUAAGUAUUGUGCCCUAAUACCAGGUGCUAUUCGUGGAGCUUUACAAAUGGUACAAUUGGAGGUACAAUGUUGGUUUGUACAGGACCAGUUGAAGGGUGAUGCAGUCACUGAGCUACGUGUUAAAUACAUCAAGCGAUUAGAAGAUGCUGUGCCUGCUGGCGAAGACUAA